AUGCGAUGUCAGCACCGCAGUUUGGUCCAUUGGUUCCUCUGCAUAGCCGUGCUGCCUUUGCAGGCCAAGCACAUCAUGCGGCGAUCGAAGGCCAUCAUUGCAAGUGAUGGAGCCUUUGGGCUGCUGGACUCUGCUUUUGUUGAUGCGGAUGCAACCAUGCCUGUCUACAAGCUGUACUUCAACCUUGUGGGAAAGCGUAUGUGCUGGCAAAGAGAGUCAGAAGGUUGCCGUUCCUCAGCUGCGGAAUGCAACCUGGAGUACUGCAACUCGGAGGAUCCAGCCUGCAGCUGCCUCAAGGUGGGCUUCCGGAACUGCAGCCACGGAAGCAGGCCCGCUGCGCCACUGCAGCUGUACGUAGAGGCGAUGAAGCAGCCAGAUGGAGACUUCCCCGAUCACGUCUACUACUGGCGCCAGCUGAGGGUCAAGUACUACGACAAUUCUGACUGGGAUGACCAAGCCCAGGAUUUCGGCAAGGCUCUGGAGUCUCACUUGGCCUGCACUGAAGAGCCCUGUCGAUGCCGCACCGAGAGCAUCUUUGGCUUUGCAUGGGAUGGAAGCAGGCUUGUCAAUGUGGAUAAUGACGACACGCGCCGUAGCAUUGGUCCAUCUCCCUACGCUGCCAAAACUGGGGAUGCUACACUGACGCUGCGCCAGUACAACAUGCGCCUGAAGGCCAGCAAGAUGGAGACAGAAACAUGCCUCAGCUACCACGAUCCUACCACGACCACGUACACAACCACAACACGAACCCACUCACGUGCAACUACUGUCACUACCACCAAAACCACGACCAAGACCACAACCACCCAAACGAGCACGACCACACCUACAACCACAGUCAGCACCACAACAGAAGAGCAGCCGGACGAGGUUUCGACAGAGGACGCUGCCGAUAUUUCAACAACAGCAGAGGAUACCAGCACUACCUCAGGAGAAGAUGAUGAGCAGGAGGAAGAUGAAGAUGAAGACAGUUCAGAUGACCAGGACACUGUCACGUCCACAUCCACAACUUCCCCGGCCUUCACCAGCUCCUCAGCCGCUGAAUCGAACCAACGAGGUGCCUCAAGCAGCACAGCUCCGGUGAGAGCGACAACAAGCCGCUUUCCUAGCUCAUCCAGCUCAGGGACGAAGGAUAGCGAGGAUGGCGGCUCCGAAACAGGUGGUGAGGAGGGUCGCGAAGAUGGCGAAGCCUCGGGAGAAGACACGGGGAACGAUGAAACGGCCGAUGAAGACGGGACAAAACAGUCGCGCUCCACUUCAACGACGUUGAGCCGCACUGCUGCCAGCACCAAAAGCAGCUCUCCUGUAACUACUACAACGACGUCGACCACAUCCACUUCCACAGCAACCACAACGCUGACCUUGACAUCUGUCACGACAACCACUACAACCACAACAACUGCAUUUUGUCAUUGCUUUGCCAACGUGUCGUGGCGAAAGGAGAAACCUGGAUGGGGACCCCUGUCGCCCACCGGAUCCACGCGCUUGCGCCGUGCUGUGGUGACGGCCGCGGCCACUGCAUCGUCCGGAAGUUGCAAGAAGUUCUGCUUGCAGGAUGGCAAGAUGCAUGCCAUUGUCCGGCAUAAGGGCAGCGAUGACUACUGCACUUGCUACACAGCAGACACCAACAAUCCCUUGUACAACAUGGCGAGCAGGUUCCAGGAGAACGAGUCUGUUAUUGGAUCGUGGAGCCUGGAAGCGCCGGGAGUUCAUGGCUACAGCAAGCUGGUUUCCCCAAAGACGGCUUCCAAGCAAAUCCAGGCUCAUUCGGGAUGCCCCGAGGACAGUUCAGAUUGCAACCCACUCUUCAGCCGCGGCUGUGGGAACAAGAAGCCUCUUUUCUGCCCGAACACCCAUGAGCACAGCCCCUUCGUUGCAACGCUGCCUUUGGAUGUUCGCCCGACGGAUAGCUUCUUCCUCACCCAGGCGUGCAGUGGCGCUUCUGACGCCAAUGCCAGCAUUUGCGGAAAUGCGUGGCUCAUUUUCGAUUUGGAGGAGAAGUUUACAGUCGCAAGGAUGCGAUUCUACAACUACGUCACCCAGGAUGCUGUCCGCAAGAUUCUAAUCAGCAGCAGUAGCAGCAUGGAAGAUUGGAUGCCGGCCCAAGUCUUCGACAUCUCCAACACAGCAACUUCACAGGACUCUCCUUCAGCUCAGAAGCAUGCCUUCUCCGAGCUCAUCUUUGACGUUCCCGUCAGCUCACGCUUUCUGAAGAUGGAGAUAUUAGAGAACUACGGCGGCAAAGGCGUGGGCUUCUAUCGCAUAGCAUUUGAUGGCUUCAAGUACUUUUUUACGGACUUUACCAAGUACGCUGGGAAAGCCUGCGGAGGUUACGAGCUCGAAGACAUGGCUGGCACUCGGGGCUCUGAGCAGCGCUGUCGAGCUCAGUGCGCCGCCCGAUUGGACUGUGCCGCCGUGGAGGUCGUACACUCCGGGCCCUCGUCUGGCAGCUGCAUUUUCCACAGCAACAUUUGGAUACCCACCAGGUCUUUGGAAGACGAGCGCGACUGCUUUGUGCGGGAGGGUCAGACAGUCUUCUGCGAGAGCGGCCUACCCCUCCACGACGUCUGCUGCAGCCCGGAAUGUGGCAUCUGCGGAGGCGACAAAUGCUCUUACCGCCCUGGUGGCCGAUCCAAGUGUUGUGCCGGCGCCAUCAGAGUCCUGCGACACCUGUGUGCAAACACGACAGAUGUGGCUUGCCGGAUUCCGAGGCCAAGGCGCAGCGGUGUUCCUACACUUCGGCUGACGUUCGAGAACGAGACUGGAGGGCCCAACGCAAGCGAAGAUCUGAGACCAUCGAAGACGGUCAAGGUCAGCGGCUUCCAGCCAUCAACGACCCUCUCACGUGCUGGAGGGACCGCUGCAGACUUGACUGGCGUGAACACUGGCAUUGAGAUUAGAAACUACGGGCAAUGGUUUACAGCAAGCUCAACGUACAUGUGCUGGAUCCGCCCCACAUUCGUGAGGGACCAAAGCUGGUAUUUCAUCUUUCGCAGCAGCGGCUACACGAUGCACAAUCCGGAGGACGGCAGCUGGGCGGUGGAGUUUCAAUGCAAAGAGGACAAGGCACGGCUGAUGAUUUGGACCCGGCAGCCUGCCGGCCUCGGAGCCGUGGCCACCGAGUUCAAGGCCAAGAGCCGCUGGGCCUCGCGAUGGACCCAUGUGGCAGUGGUCAUGCGAGUAGGGGGCGCCUUCCCGCAGCUCUACCUUAAUGGGCUUCCAGAGGAUGUGGAGGACAGCUCUACUCCUUGGUCUGAGUUGGAAGACAUAGUGUACAACGAGAAUCAAUACCUCAUCAUUGGCAAGGCUGCGGAGACCGACCAGCAGUUUGAUGGUUACAUCGACCAUUUCGAGGUGUACGAAGAGGUUCUUAGCCCGCAGUUCAUGCGGAAGCACUACAACACCAUUGAGGCCGCCAAGGAUGAAGGAGAAGAAGCCGUGAUUGUCAGUCAACUAUGCCUUCCGCCGACCGACACGACAGGCUAUGUCAUUGAGAAUGGCAGCACGGCCCGGAACAGCUUCGAUGUGCAAGCACGAUGUGAUGACGCAAACGGGUACGGAGGCACUGCCGUUGUGACUCCCUGCUCCAUGACCUCCAAAAGAUUUGUCCUCAGCGGCUGCUUGCUCAAGGAGCAGUGCCCGUCAGUGGACUGCCUUGUGAAAAGCUGA